UGAUUGUUUGCAGAUAUUAGGUUAAAUAGUAUUUUUAAUAAGACUGAAAGUUCCCGGUUCUCCAUCAAUUAAUAAGCCUCAUUUUAAUGGUAUAAAUUGAACAGUUUGAAGAGUUGCAGUUUUCAAACAUGGAACUCAGUGAUGUCGGUGAGGGGGUAUUUGCUGCAGAAAUGUUGAUGCGAAAAAGGAUUAAAAAAGGACGUGUCGAAUACUUGGUAAAAUGGAAGGGAUGGCCGACUAAAUUUAACACAUGGGAGCCGAGAGAGAAUAUUCUGGAUACCAGACUGUUGCAAAUCUUCAAAAAGCAGGAAGAAGAGGGGGAGACAGGUCCGAAAAAGCGAGGGGCGAAACCGAAGCGAUUGUUAACACAGGAUGUAUCAAAAUCAGACACAGAUAAAGUUCAAGAAGACAUUAACAUGGAAAGUGAUCAUGCACAAGAUGACAUCGACAAGGGUUCGAAUCUCGUCCAGACUGAGGAAAAUAUUGAAGAUGUGGGUUCAAAUAAUGAACUGGACUUAACAGAAACUGAUUUAGCUCAAAAUGAAGCUAAAAAUGAAUCAAAAUCAACUGGUUUCACUGUCCGUACGGAGACUGUUUCUAAUGCUAUCACAAAAAGGAAAUCUGGUCGCCUAUCACAGAGUAAAAAUAAAUAUCGUCUAGAUGAUUUCGCUGAAAUUUCUACAGUUUCAAAAUUUAAGAAAAUAAGACGUAUACGAGGUCGCGGUCGUGGAAUCAAUAUUGCAUCUGGUUCACUCGGAUUUACAAGACGUACUUUAAACCCAACAGGAGUUUUGGGGAGGAGAAAUUUCAUACGAAAACCUGGAAUGCGAACUAUGUUUGGGUCAAGUGUCAGAGGUCGUGGUAGGGGUCGAAUUCCUGCAAAAAUAAGGAAAUGGAAAGAUAAUUUAUUGAAUGACAAUAACGAAGUUCUCACUACAAAAUCUGACCCAAACUGGACAGAAAAUGAGAUUGUAAUAACUGAUAUAACAACAAAAUCUUCAACUAUAACUUUUACCGAAUGCAAACAACCUGCCGGGUUUUUUAAAAAGCGAUCAUAAAUGUUUUAAUAUAAGUUUGCUCAAAGCAAGGUUGCGUGUUUUACGUUUAUUAAAUUGAAUCAUGUUUUUUAUAAGUUUUUAUGCGAAUAUAAAACAAUGACACAGUUUUCAAAAAUACUGAUAAAGGUGCCCAGUGGAAUUCAAAACUCCAGGUGGUUUUUCUUGGUAUUGAAUAUACUAAAAACAGAUUUUCUAAUUUCGAAAAAAAUUUCAGCUCUGAGAAACGAGUUUGUUGAUCAUCAUGGCAUUCACAGAACAGGUUGGUACCGAUCCCAAAGUGCCGAUAACAAAAUAAGAGAUUAGUGUUAAAUUUCAUAGGUUAACCCAGCGGUUCCUAGAAGGUGCGCCACGGUUUGCCGAGUGUGUUGUGAAAAUUAACAGAAUUGUGUUAAACAUAAUUGUGUUAAAACAUAUUUUGAAUGCUGUGUACAUGAAUUCUUAGAUUCAUUUUACUUUUUUAUGUUGUUUACUUUCUGUUAUGUAGAGUUGUGUAACAAUAGAGACAGCCAUUACUUGCUGCAAUUUCGUGAGCUGCAGUUUAUUCAUCUAUUGAACCGAGUUUAACGAACAUGAGUGAUUGUUUUAGCAUUUCAAAAAACAAAGGCAGAACCGAGGAGAAGGGUUGACAUUUUGCCUUUAUUUCUCAGGCCUACGUGUUUACGAUUUUCAAAAGGCAUAAAAUACACAUUAACGAUAACAAAAA